AUGGCGCUAGCUUUAGAACAGUCAGAAACUAAACCUCCUAUUUUCACUAUACGCAAGUUGGUGAUCUGUUUUGCGGCGCCAACUUUGCCGAUAAAUCUCGAAAUUAUUCAAUUGUUUCAAUUUCAAAUGUAUGUUGGAUUAUCUGCUUGUCAAAUUGGUUUACCAUGGAAAGUUUUUAUGAUACAAGUUUACAGAAAAUCUUUCAAAGAAAUCGGUGAAAACUUGGUAAAAAUUCGUGAAAUGGAAGUGAUACCGUUUCAAGUAUUUAUUAAUCCUACCAUUCGUACUAUAAAUCAUAAAUUAGUGUUCAUUCCUGAAGUAUGUGCUAGUGUUCGAGGUUACUCAGCAGAAGUACCUAGAGCAAGAGAAGUUGAACUUAAGGCUAUAAGUUCUUCCGAAGAAGGUACAGUCAGAUUCAAAGGAUGGGGAGCUAGAAUCGUUCAACAUGAAAUGGACCAUUUGAACGGAAUAUUAUUCACGGAAUAAAAGGAAUGACGAACGUUUUCUUGUUGUUGUUGGAAUGAAGUGAACAAGCAUAAAGGGUUCAUUGAGAAUAAGAUUCGCUUCGUUUAA